AGCUUUCCUAUACGUUCCUAAUGUGCUUUUGGUGCGUUACUUUGUUCGUCGAUCCCUCACUGUUUCUUGUAGGAAACUUUUAGGACCAUUAUCAUGGAGGAUCGAUUAACUCGUAUUGCUAGCGGCCUUGCCAUCACCGCCGGCGUAGCUGGAGUUGGAGCUGCUGCGUACGUGUGCGCAAGGCAUCUGCGUUCAGUAAAAAUACAAAACGAGCACGUCACACGGGUUUUAGAAACUCUAAGCUCUGAAGUGCAAGCACUGCGUAGAGAAAUAGCGGAUCUACGAGCAGGAAACAGUGGUCUCUCACGAAGUGCUUCGAAUAAUCGCACACGGUUUCGCGAAGAGGGUGGAGGAGGAGACACCUCGAUCUCAUCUAGGCUCAAUCGGCUGUAUGGACGGGUAAAGAGUUAUCAGUCAUUAACGUCUGAUGGCGAAUAUGCAGAUGCUGAGGAAGACUGGGAAAACGACUUCGGAGAUGGUCAACCGCCUAUUCCCCUAACACCUAUGUCAUACGAAGAUAUCGAUCAGAUGUAUGGUACAGAGAACAUACGACAAGGAUAUAGCAUUUUGAAAAACCGUUAUGAAGGCGGUGACAAGUCAUCUAAUUUGCUUUGGAGGCUUGCUAAGUUUUCACAAGAAUUGGCCUCUCGUUCCGUCGAUAAAGAGGUGAAGAAGAGUUUGACUUUCGAAGGGAGAAGCUACGCUUUGGAGGGACAUCGAGAGAAUCCGGACGAUUUUGACGCUCUAAAAUGGGCAGCAAUCAUGACUGGAGCAGCGACAGAUUUUCUUCCCACAAAAGAGAAGAUUGAAGAAGGCGCAAAAUUCAAGCAACUUUUGGAUGAGGCUAUCAUCAUGAAUGACAAAGACUUUUCGCUUUUGUACAUGCGAGGACGAUAUUCAUACGCUGUUGCUAAUCUAUCAUGGUUUGAAAGAAGGGCCGCAGCUAUGCUCUAUUCUACGCCACCCAAUGCUACCGUAGAAGAAGCAUUGGAAGAUUUCUUAGCUGCAUAUGAACAAUCACCGGAAUGGAUCAAGAAUCUGCUCUUUAUAAUACGAAUUUACUCGGAAAAGAACGAUAAGGAAAAUACUGAGAAAUACUGCAAUAAAAUGCUUACUCUUACGCCGAAUGAUGAUGAAGACCGUGAACGAAUGCAAGAAGCCAAAGCUAUUCUAGCCAAAUGCUGAGUCACUGCUUAAUCUUUUGUCUGCCCAUAAGUUUGUACCAAGCAAAUCUCAUCUUCUUUCGUCACUUUCUCAUUAACAGUUGAUGAAGUCUGCCCCUCAAGCUGAUGUUCAUUCCUUACAGCAUCUUAAUGCUCACUUCCAUAGCACAAGUGUUGUCCAAUGUUGCAAAUGGCUACCGUGUAAGACGCAUAACAGAAGUUUCAUAAACUUCUGGUGUGUGGCUUAUCGCGUUGACAAUUGCCACUGGUGUUUCUCUCACUAAAUUAUUUAUUUGCC